GCCCCAGCUAACUCCGCUCGCACUCCAGCUGCCAGCCUCCGUCUUCGUGCCCUCCGAUCCGGCGAUCCCUCCCCCUCGCGCCGCCGCUGCCGCCGCCUCGCCACACCGCCGCAUUCUCCUCCCCACCGAGAUCCCUUGUCCCCCCCUCUCCCACAACACACUGCAUCCCCCCUUCCUCCUGCCCGGUGUCGACCGCGCGGCGCUAUCUCAGCCGCCGCCUGUGACACCCCCCGCCGUCGCGGCGGCGUUGCGGCCGCUGACUGUCCGGAAAGGGUAGAGGGGAGGCCCCGCACGAGCGUCGGACUGACUCGCCGUUCUUCCCUCCCAGGCCAGCUCGCUCUCUUCACCUCACUAUCAGAGAUGGACUUUUUUACCGAGUAUGGUGAGGGGAACAGGUAUAAGAUAGAGGAGGUCAUAGGAAAAGGGAGUUAUGGUGUAGUUUGCUCUGCACUGGACACUCAUACUGGUGAUAAAGUCGCAAUCAAGAAGAUUAAUGACAUUUUUGAACAUGUGUCUGAUGCAACUCGAAUACUUCGUGAAAUCAAGUUGCUCCGGCUACUGCGGCACCCAGAUAUAGUGGAAAUAAAACAUAUUUUGCUUCCUCCAUCAAGGAGGGAAUUCAAGGAUAUAUAUGUUGUUUUUGAGCUAAUGGAGUCUGAUUUGCACCAAGUUAUAAAGGCCAAUGAUGACUUGACUCCAGAGCACUACCAAUUUUUCCUUUAUCAGUUGCUUCGAGGAUUGAAGUACAUACAUACAGCAAACGUGUUCCACCGAGAUCUUAAACCAAAAAAUAUUUUGGCAAAUGCUGAUUGUAAGCUCAAAAUAUGUGAUUUUGGCCUUGCAAGAGUAGCUUUCAGUGAUACACCAACUGCCAUCUUUUGGACGGAUUAUGUUGCAACAAGGUGGUAUAGGGCACCUGAAUUGUGUGGAUCUUUUUUCUCCAAGUACACACCAGCAAUAGAUAUAUGGAGCAUCGGCUGCAUAUUUGCAGAACUUUUAACUGGAAAACCUCUUUUCCCUGGGAAAAAUGUGGUGCAUCAGCUUGAUAUAAUUACGGAUCUCUUGGGAACACCUUCUACAGAAGCAAUAUCUAGGAUUCGAAAUGAGAAGGCCAGGCGAUAUUUGAGCAGUAUGAGGUGGAAAAAGCCUAUACCAUUUACACAGAAGUUCCCAAAUGCAGAUCCACUUGCAUUACGGUUGUUGGAGAGAAUGCUAUCUUUUGAGCCAAAAGAUAGGCCAAAUGCUGAAGAGGCUCUUGCGGAUCCUUAUUUUAGAAACAUAGCAAAUGUAGAUAGAGAACCUUCAGCACAGCCUGUCACAAAGCUGGAAUUUGACUUUGAGAGGAGGAGGAUUACAAAGGAAGAUAUAAGGGAACUCAUCUAUAGAGAAAUUCUGGAGUAUCAUCCAAAUAUGUUGAGGGAAUACCUCGAGGGGACUGAGUCAGCUGGUUUCAUGUAUCCUAGUGCGGUAGAGCAUUUUAAAAAGCAGUUUGCAUACCUUGAAGAACAUUAUGCUAAGGGAUCAACAGCAGCUCCACCUGAGAGGCAACAUAACUCUUUGCCAAGACCUUCUGUGUUAUAUUCGGACAACCGUCCACAAAGCACAGCCAACAUCACAGAGGAUCUUUCAAAGUGUGUACUUAAAGAUAAUACACAAGAAAUGCAGCAAGCUUCUGCUUCUGUUAGCGCAAAUGGAGUUCCUCAAGGCGGUGUUGCAAGACCUGGUAAAGUAGUUGGUUCUGUUCUACGCUAUGGUAACUGCUCAACAUCUACUGCUGAGCAAUAUGAGCAUCGACAAGCUGUCAGAAACCCAAACCCUGCGCUGGCUACUAACAGUGUUUCUCCCCGAGGUUCUUACCCCAGAAGAAGCCCCAUCCUGCAAGACUGAAACAGGUGAGUCUUAAAGGAUCGAUGUGAGCCAAGCUGGGCAACCAAAACCAUACAUACCAAACAAAGUACCAACUACUGUUGAUGUCUGGAAUGGCCACUGGUAGGCAUCAAGGUAUGUGUGUGCAAUGCAAUCAAACCCUUUGCCUUACAAAGGGUAAGGCGUUUACUCAGGUUACCUUUUCUAUACGGUUACAUGCUGAUGCAUUUAAAGAUAUCAUUCUGUACAUAAUUGUAUUAUUUCUAGGGCUUGCUCUAGAAGACAAACACUUAGAACUGUUUUCCGCAUCCUGCCUGACAGGCUGCUUGUUUCUAUAGUUUUUUGGGUCAACCACUAAACAUACCCACUACAGAAGCUUAGACUUGUAUAUGUACAAUGCAGAUGUUGUGGCACUCCCCAUAUGGAUAACAACUUCUGACUUGACUAAGUUGUUCGCCACUUUGUUCUUGACGUAAACGUGUAAGUUGUCAAGUUCUAGAAUAUUUGAAAUGCUUCUAGUAGCCUGUCAUUCAAAUGUAAUAUUUAACUAUAUAGUUUUAUAAACUGAAUAAGACUGUUAGCAGGGAAUUAUGUACAUUUGAGAUGACUCUCUCUCUAUUUUGAUUUGAUUGAGGGCUAUCUCAUGCUCUACUUUUGUUGAAGGCAUACAAGGGUCUAUUGAAAUGCCUUACGACGUCGUGGUUGCGCGCAAAGAAUGUAGGUUUUGGUGUUGCAAUCUUGCUUCAUAUAUCUUUUGCAUCAUGCCAAAUGUUCUAACUUAUUGAUUCUCUGGCUACAUUCUAAGGUCAUCAUAACUAUUUCCCUUUUCCUGACGCUUGCCAUCCUUGUGAUCUAAUAGCUUGCAUACCAAUUGCACAUAUGCAACAUUCAUCCAUAUUUUCAACAUGCCUACUGUGAAAUGAUGUCGAGAAAAUAUGCCUACUGCGAAAUAAUGUAUGGCAAGGGUGAGUGGAACUCUUGGAGGCAACACUGGUAUGGGUUCUAUUUGUUGGUAUGAUGUGAGAUGACAAUUUUUCAAUGUAUGGACAAACUAUAUAUGUAUAUAUAAGCUAAGGUUGG